AUGGAGGAAAGCGCGCGGAAGCGAAAGCGCACCUCGCUCGCGUCGGGUGCCGCGAGCUUGCCGGACAUACCCAGCGGCGCCAGGAGCAGCAGCUUGGCCAGUUGGGAGCGUGCUCGCUCAGGCAGUGCUUCUUGUGCUGCCCAAGCCAAGCUCGCCUACGAGGACCCCUUCUGGAGCCUGGUGCGGACGGGUGACGCCGAGGGCAUAUUCGGGGAGGUGCGGGCGCGGCCGGAAGUGCUGUGCGAGCGCGGGCCCGAGGGUGAAACUCCACUGCACAUGCUUGUGCUGUACAGACACUUCGAGGUAGCAAGAGCAUUGGCUGGGCGCUAUCCCAACCUCAUUCUGGAUCAGUACACCGGGGAGAACUACAAGGGCGAGAAUUGCGUCCACAUUGCGAUAGUGCAUCACAGCCUUGACUUCCUGCGCUUCCUUCUGGAGACAAGCCAGAAACAUGGCUCUAUCAGGAAGCUGCUGUCCGCAAGGGCCACGGGCUUGUUCUUCGCGAGAGGGCAGCCUUGCUACUACGGCGAGACGCCACUGGGUUUUGCUGUGAGCACAAACAUUCGAAGAAGAAACAUCGGCAGAAGUUAG